GAAGCUGUUGACUGUCCUUACUGGAAAAAAUAACUGAAAAUGAAAGCAGUGCGGGAUUACUAGAGCCUGAGUCUGAAGCCACCAGCAGGAUCUAAGCCCAGAAGACCCCGCCUGAUGGGAGUUCCUCAGCUCCUUCUGCCUGGCACAGGGCACCACUUCCUGAAAGCCUCCUGAGAUCCCCUGGAGCAGUCUGCUGCUCGUCUGGAAUGUGUCUGGAUACUUGUCUCUGAGGUGGACGUUUGCCCCUGGGUCAGUUACAACCAGAAUCCCCAAGGCAGUCCUCGACCUCGUCCUGCAGCAAUGAAAGGCCUAGCCCCGUCUCAUGUUGUGCUGAGGUAUACGAUUGUGAGAGCGGCGUAAGUGUCGGCCCUGCACCAUCCUCUGGGUCUCUCCGGGAAAGCUGCACGUCCUGUGAGGAGAUAAUUGGCAAAACGCUGCAUGACGGACAACUGAGUAAAAGUGCUUUGGACACGGAGAUGCUCGCGUCUACUGCCGAGACACUGCCGACAACUCACCAGGACGUACAAAGAGGCCUGAAAAAGGACAGCGCCAUGAACAGUAACAACAACGGCAAUCGGUACAGCCACCUGGGCUCUCCGUUCGGAAGCAAAGUUGGUGCAAUCACUCACAAGCUAAACUAUGUGGAGCGGGUAGUGCUCGAAAUAAUAGAAACGGAGAGGAUGUAUGUCCAGGAUCUAAGAAGUAUCGUGGAGGAUUACCUCGGGGGCAUCAUAGACAGACACGAGCUACCGAUGAAGCCAGAACAAGUCAGCGCUCUUUUUGGCAACAUUGAAGAUAUUUAUGAACUAAACAGUCAGCUACUCCAGCACCUUGAUAGUUGCAGUGAAGACCCCGUGGCUGUGGCUAGCUGCUUUGUGGAGAAGAGCCAUUACUUUGAUAUUUACACGCAGUACUGUACCAACUAUCCCAAUUCUGUAGCUACACUGACUGAAUGUAUGAGGAACAAGGUCUUGGCUAAAUUUUUCCGAGAAAGGCAGGAGUUACUCAAACAUACCCUUCCCUUGGGAUCCUACCUCUUAAAACCAGUCCAGAGAAUACUAAAGUAUCAUCUUUUGUUACAGGAAAUAGCUAAGCAUUUUGAUAUAGAUAAGGAAGGAUAUGAGGUGGUGGAAGAGGCCAUAGAAACGAUGACCGGAGUAGCGUGGUACAUCAAUGACAUGAAGAGAAAACACGAGCAUGCCGUACGACAACAGGAGAUUCAGUCUUUGCUACUAAAUUGGAAAGGCCUGGACCUGACCACAUAUGGAGAGCUGGUGCUGGAGGGGACAUUCCGCGUACAACGUGCUCGCAGUGAGAGGACGUUUUUCCUCUUCGACAAGGCUCUACUAAUCACCAAAAAACGCGGAGACCACUUUGUUUAUAAAACUCAUAUUCCGUGUUCACAUUUGAUGCUGAUUGAGAGCACAAGAGACUCCCUCUGCUUUACUUUAACGCACUAUAAGAACAGCAAACAGCAGCACAAUGUACAAGCCAAAACCGUGGAAGAGAAACGUUUGUGGACCCAUCACAUAAAGAAACUUAUACUUGAGAACCAUCAUGCAAUUAUCCCCCAAAAGGCCAAGGAAGCAAUUCUAGAGAUGGAUGCCGUGUAUCCAGGACGUUACAGAUACAGCCCAGAAAGAGUGAAGAAAGCCAUGUCUGUAACGGACCCAACGGUCACGCAGCGAUCAGGACGCAGGCAGUCGGAACCAACAAAGCAAAUUCUGAAGCAUUUGAGUGAGAAUGUGGGCUUAAAGCAUGCAGGCAGUGAUGACGCUCUACUGGAUUUUGAGGACAUACUGCAGCAAAGUCUAAGCAGUCUGACACCAAUCUGUAAUGAUCCACAGAAAGAGAGAGUUAAGGAGGAUCCAGGCAGUACUGAGAUAAUUAGAGGCCUAGAGGAGGAACUCACUGCCUCUGAAGAAGAGAAUGAGGAGUACAUGCACCUGGAAGAUGAUGGACAGAACACAAAUUUUCUGCAGCAUGAUACAUUAAAAGGAUAUAAGAGGCAAAAUAGUCACUCACCUGGGAACCCAGAAAAGAGAAGGAGUAUUGAAUUCACAGCAUUUAACAAAGAGAUAUUGGAAGAAAUGGAAAACAGUAAUUCAGAACCAGAAGAGGUUUACAUUGCUGGCAUGAACAGUACAUCUGGUAUUGCUCUAGAAACAACUAUAGCAACUACUGACAACCAGACUUUUGAAGAAGAAGCAGAAAGAUAUUCUAAUGACUCUAAGCCUCUGGAAAAUAGGAAUGUGGAAAAUGCUGACGAUAUGAAAACUUUUAGCAGUGAGGAGGAUGAAGAGGAAACCAACCUCCAUGAAUCAUCUCGCAUCCUGCCUCCAUCUGUGUUGGACCAAGCCAGUGUAAUUGCUGAGAGAUUCAGUAAUAAUCUCUCGAGGAGAAGCAGCUUGGCCUUGGAGGAUGGAAAAGUCAUUGGCUAUAUCACGCCAAGGCUUUUGAGCAGAAGUAGCAGUUUGAUGAACCUAGAUAACACAGAUAAAAGUCUAUAUCAGGUUGAAUCCUCUGAUUUUCUAAAAUCUCAUCAGGCCGUUUUGACCAAUGGUGAAAAGGCUAAUGCAGAGGGUUCACUCGGUAAAGUUUAUUCUGUCGAAAGUGUUUUUGAAGAAAAAGACCAACUCCUUGGUAUACAAAGAGAGUCCGUUCUCUCCUUCCAAGACAGACAACUUAUUGACAAGAUAAAAACGUAUUAUGACAAGGCUGAACAUCAGGAUGCCGCUUUUAGCAUAAAACGCAGAGAAAGCUUAACAUACAUUCCUACUGGAGUAGUAAAAAACUCUAUAUUUAAGAUUAACAGUCUUCCAAGAUAUAACAAUCCGAGUUUUACAAGACAGAGAAGUGAAACGCGUUCCAGUGGUAGUGUCUGUGAGGACAGGCAGCAGAAGACCUCUGUAGAGGAGUCCACGUUUGUACAAAAAGGGAGCACGGACUGUUCAGUUCUACACACCCAACCUUCUGGUACAUCUUCUGAGAGCAACGUUCAAGAGAUGCAACUUCCAACUUCUGAUGAAGUUUUCACAUGUUCAACAGAAAUGAUUAAACUGUGGGAAGAAAUUGAAAAAGAAAAAAGUAAAAGCACAGACGACGGCUUUAUAAGCCUUCCUGAAAAACCUAGAAUAGCCAUAGAAAGCCCAGUGGAUCCUCUUGAACCUCUCAUAAUACUUGAGGAAGGUGAUUUUGGUAGUAUUAAUGACAAAUACCAGAAUCGUAUAAUGGAUAAUUCCUCUCCGGGUCAGAUAAGUCCAUGCAAUAAUGUAAGCUUUGAAGAUCAGGACUGUAAGACCCCUAUCGAUGAUCACCCCACAUUUAUGCAGCUUGCCAGCUAUAUGGAUGCAAACUUGUCAGACAACAUGAAAAGCCGAGUCUAUCAACUAGCCAGGCAAUAUAGCCAAAGGAUUAAAUGCAAUAAACCAGGUCCUUACAGACGGAUUAGGGAUUUAGAAGAUGAUAUGCGGAGGGGCAACUUACCUUCAGUAAUGGAGGAAAAGCAUGAAGAAAAAUGUAAACUGAGGACCGAAUCUUCUUUUCCGGUGUAUAAUCACACUAUUUCAGAAGAACACAGCCCCACAACUCCAACACCCACCUCACAACGUGAGAAAUCUCCUAAGCGACUGUCCUUCAAUUCUGCCGAUAUUCCAGAUAUAUCUUCCCCAAUAAAGUUUGAUUGUAUUAGCCCCUUGAGUCCAGUCAAAACCGAAAAAUUCGACUGGCCAGAUGUGAGAGAACUGAGAUCUAGGUACGCAAGUACAGCUGGGUCUAGCAAAAAGCUUUCCGUUAACAGAAGCCAGUCUGCACCAGAUAAAAUGACGGAUCACAAUGUGGAAAGUAUGCCGGAAGCUCAAGACAAAAAGAACCUAAAACCUUCAGCGUACAGUAUGAACGGGGUGUCAGAGGAAACCAAUCUCUUUGAUAAAAUAUACAUUCAAAGACCAAACGUAGGUACUGAAGCCCCGCACAAUGGGAACUCUGGCCAAGCCAAAGAGGACUGUUACUAUAUCAGUGCAGAAGCAACGCUAGAAAAUAAUAAAAAAGUAAUAAUAAUGGAAAAGAUCCCUGUUGCUUGCGAUGUCGAUGACACUUAUGUACACAUCCGAUCCCCGACCACCAGAGAAAAGAUUUCCAUAAAAGCUGUGAUAGAACGAUGCAAAGCUUAUCAGGAUUCUGAAGAAUAUAAAACGAGGGAAGAUCUCUUCAACUCAGACGCUUCCACGGUAAUUGCACAAGACCAAUCAAAACCCAAAGUCUUAACCACUGGCGAUAUCGCUCAACAAAACAGAGUCAAAAACUUACGAGAGAAAUUCCAGACCUUGAAUUCAAACGUCGGCAAACACUCGGAAAUGAUUUAGCGUUUGAUAAGCUGCAGGAAUAUCUGUACAUAGAUUAAGGGAGAGAUGGACAAGGUGUCUUCAUUUCUUUAUGAUUUACUACAGAAGUAUACAGCAAAAUUAUUAUUUAUUGAAGGACUCACCCAUUUUAAUGAUAGAACGAGCAUCUCUGUAUAUAGUGUAUUUUAAUCCGAUGUAUUAUUCUAUGCUCCUUGUGUAUAUCAUUGUCAUUAUUUACAUUAAAUAUUAUAUACAGCGUAUAAAGAGUAGCAAAUAACAUGUUGAAAUCUGACUACUGCCUAGCACGUUAACUGAAAAUGUCUUACGGUAUAUAUUUAUAAAUGUUAUAUGAAGAACCACUUGACAAGGCUCCAGGGGUACGUAAUAGCGUAAAAGCUAUAAAACUGUAGGUAAAGAUGAAUCAAAGCACAAUAGAAAUAAUAAUGGAACAUGAACGGUAAUCGGGGGUGCACCACCAUUGAGGCCAGGUGAGGCGGUCUCCUCGGGCAGCGCAAGAGAGGGGCAGCCGAAGGGCCAUAGGCUGAAGGGAAGGGGUUAGGUUAAGAAACUUGCAUUGGGAAGGGGGUGGGGGCGCCGUUUGUUACCCCUGAUGUUGCAAUUCCACCGUGGCGAAUUCUAACCUCUCGAAACAGAGGACUUUUAUGUAAGUUGCAAUUCCACUGUGUCAAAUCUUCACCCAACAUCAGCCAUUCAGGUACUGUUUUUUGGCACAACCCUCCUAUAUUAGCCAGUGUAGCCUUAUGCUAUUUGUAAAGUAAAGAAGCAGCUAUAUACUUCUAGAUAUAUUUCACUUUCCUACUGAAACCUGACAAAUUUCAUUUUUCUAGUGUUCAUUUUUUUUCCUUUUGGUGUGGUGCUUGUAGAACCAAGCCUGAACCAACUAUUUCCUUGGACUUCUACGCCCCAAAAUUCAAAUUGGCUUGUGUGAGAAUGUCCUGGUGCCCCUAUAAAACUUAUGUGGGAAAAAAUGCUGCACUGUUUCAGUACAAGAAAUGGGGUGCAUGGUAGGUGGUGCCAUUGUGCCCAUCCCUGUCAUUGAGUGUAGAUAUGGAUACUGGCCUACAAUUUGUUAGUUGCUCCAUUAUUCUAAGGUUGACCCUGGUAACAAUUGCAAGAUGAUUGUUCUCACAAUUUGUUCCAGCUGUAGCCACCUUCUUAUACUGCUGCCACUUACUUUAUAACGUAGAGCAAACUUGGUCUUUUAAAUGAUCCUUUUAGUGCACAGAAUGCUUGUACCUCUCAAGCAAAGGAGCAGGUGAUGUGUCCUAGAAAGAGGCUUGCUCUAUGUGAGAGUCAACACUUUCCAAGAAUGUCUGGAGAGGUUCCUCUCAGCAGAGGUGGCUGAAGAUCACGGCAUCAAUAAACCAUGCUGCCCGUUUACUAGUCUAAGCUUAGACCAGUGAUGUCGAACCUUUUAGAGGCCGAGUGCCCAAACUGCAACCCAAAACCCACUUAUUUAUCGUAAAGUGCCAACACGGCAAUUUAACCUGAAUACUAUAGU